GGACAAACUGCAAAACGCUCGCGUCUCUGAAAGUUACAUAAGCGGGAGUCGGAGAGCAGUAGCCGGUCGUAGAGAUAGAGGAAGAGAGGGAUGAGAGAAACGAACGGGCUUUGCCUCGAAGAUUACGCGCGUUUCUUCAACAAGGAGGAAGAGCUUCAGCUAACCAGGCCUUCCCUCUGCAAGAUCGCACGCAUUAAUGGGUUAAAGGUUCAGAACAUCAAGAAGUCAAGCUUACUGGAUGUUUUGCGCACGGUGGAUCUGACACCUCCGGGCAGAUCGACGAUCGAAGAAUGCCCGCUGAGAUCUUCCACCGAUGCGGAGCUGUCUCUGGACGAAGUCAUGAAAGACAUCGCCUCCCUCGGCUGGCAUGAAUGUCCAAUCGUCUCUAUCCUGACCAUCUACAAUAACUCUGCGAAGGAAGCGGCGAAGGAGAAUGCUCCGAUCUCUUCUUCUUGCACCUCCGACAGAGCUAAGAUGAUAAGCAAUAAGGGCGAAGCAUCAAAGCGUUCUGGAACCAAGCGCAAGGGAAAAAAAUCCGUCGAAGAGUUGGUAUAUGGCUUAGCAGCCAUUGAUAGGGCCUGCGAAGAGGCAAGCAGCUGUCCCAGUGAUGAAGGCAUGUAGCAUCGGAUGACGGCCUUUUUUUGCUUUUUCGGUGUGUGUUUGUGUGGCAUUCUGUUCGUCUGCGUUCGUCCAUUUCAGUAGUGGUGUGAAGAGAGAGCAAUUACUCGUUGAAACAUCGUAUUAUGUUCCUACAAUCCGUCGGUUUCCUCCUUAGGCUACCAUAAUUACUGGUAAUCUGAUUCCGGGCGCAGAUCAAGAUGAGCUAGGUGGGUUAGUCCGACAAUU